CAAGGGAAUUUUCUAAAAGGGAACAAGAUUUCCCAAGUUCCUGUUCCUUUGCAUGCAGAAGUUAUUAUACAUAUGUGAUAAUUAAUACGUAGCAGAUACUGUUCGAGUCAGAUGUAAAUAACGACUGUUGUGAUUACAUUUAUUAAUAUGCUUGCUAAUUGAAACCAUUUGUGAUCGCAUUUAUUAUUAUGCUUGCAAAUGGAAAGUACGAGACUAUUUUAACAAUUAAUAUUGAAGACAAUGAUGUCAAUCUUACUGAAAGAAGAGAUUUGAAAUACAUGCAAAUAGGUAGGUAGUGGAUCAGUGGAUGCUUGUACAAAGUUGCCAGCUGGAUUCUUUUGUAACCCACACUGAAUUGCUGACUGACACUUCCGGAGUAUUCUAAUAUUUGCCUAUUCUUUUAACAAUUUUCUGGGGAAUAAGCUAAAGACUAGUGGAUUGUGCUCUAGGUUUUUUCCCUUGCAAAUCCUGCAGCCAAAGAAUGGAAAAUGUCAAAUAGGAAAACGUGCACCGAGGAACGGAUUAGGUUAGAAGGCCACAAAGGGUUGGGAUGCCAGGGUUCUUACUCUGUUGUUGGUAUUAUAUAUGUUGGCAAUAAAAGUAGAUUUUUGUUGUUUUCUGGUAUUUGCUUGUUGACUCUUAGGUUAUAGUCCAUGUGAAUCAAUGAGUAUGAAAAUUAUGUCAGAUGGGCUUGGAGAUGUCGCUGGAGCUUUACCCAAGUCUUUGGCUCGUCAUGGACACAGAGUCAUGGUUGUAGCCCCUCGCUACGGUAACUAUGCUGAACCUCAACAUUCAGGAGUUCGGAAAAUGUAUAAAAUAGAUGGCCAGGAUAUGGAGGUGACAUACUUCCAGACCUACAUUGAUGGUGUAGAUUUUGUUUUCACAGAUAGUCCUGUGUUUCAGUAUAUAGAAAAUAAUAUUUAUGGAGGGAACCAUGUGGAUAUUUUGAAGCGUAUGGUUUUAUUCUGCAAAGCUGCUUUUGAGGUUCCUUGGCUUGUUCCAUGUGGUAGUGUCUGCUAUGGAGAUGGAAAUUUAGUUUUUAUUGCAAAUGAUUGGCGCAGUGCUUUACUGCCAGUGUACCUUAAGGUAUAUUACCGCAACAAUGGAUUGAUGAAAUACACAAGAUCUUUCCGUGUGAUUCAUAACAUUGCACACCAGGGCCGUGGUCAUGUGGAUGAUUUUUCCUACAUGGGUCUUCCACCACACUACUUAGACCUUUUUAGCUUGUAUGAUCCAGUUGGAGAAGAGCACUUGAACAUCUUUGCAGCAAGUCUGAGGACGGAAGAUCGUGUACUUACAGUUAGUCAUGGAUAUUCUUGGGAGCUAAAAACCUCUGAAGGCGGCUGGGGUCUACAUGGGAUUAUAAAUGAGAAUGAUUGGAAAUUUCAUGGAAUUGUCAAUGGUAUCGAUACAAAGGAUUGGAACCCCGAGUUAGAUAUUUACCUACAAUCUGAUGGGUAUGUUAAUUACUCCCUCAACACCCUACAGACUGGUAAACCCCAGUGCAAGGCAGCAUUGCAAAAGGAGCUUGGUUUGCUUGUCCGUGCUGAUGUCCCGUUACUUGGUUUCAUUGGGAGACUUGAUCAUCAGAAAGGAGUUGAUUUGAUAGCAGAAGCUGUUCCCUGGAUGAUGGGCCAGGAUGCGCAGUUGGUCAUGUUGGGCACUGGUAGGCCCAAUCUUGAACAGAUGCUUAGGCAGUUUGAGGGCCAGUACAGUAACAGAGUUAGGGGGUGGGUCUGUUUCUCUAUGAAGACAGCUCAUCAGAUAACUGCUGGGGCAGAUAUACCUCUGAUGCCAUCAAGAUUUGAACCUUGUGGACUGAACCAGCUAUAUGCAAUGUGUUAUGGGACAAUUCCAGUCGUUCAUGUAGUAGGUGGACUAAAAGAUACAGUGCAGCCUUUCAACCCUUUUGAAGAGACAGGGCUUGGAUGGACUUUUGCAAAGGCUGAGACAAAUGAACUUAACAAUGCAUUAGGGAACUGCUUAUUAACCUUUUGACAAUACAAAAAGAGUUGCAAGGGUCUCCAGAGACGAGGAAUGAUGCAGGAUCUAAGUUGGGAUAAUGCUGCUCAAAACUACAAGGAGGUACCCAUUGCUGCCUAGUACCAAUGGUAA